AUGUCAGAUGAAAUUAACUUAAUACAAUCUUUAGGUCAAGAAAAUGGUGAUCAAAUUAAAGUAUUUUUAUUAUAUAGUCUGAUAGAAAAUCGUCCUAGAACUUUAUCAUCAUCAUUCAGUACUAUGGUUGAUAAUUUAAGUUUAAUUAAUAUAACUCGUUUAGUAGAUAAUAGUAUUAUGGAAUCUCAUAUGAAUAUUUAUAAGUUUAAUGUUAUUCAAGCUGAAGUAAUGAUGGAAUUAUCAAUAUUAAAUGUUACUGUUAUAUUUACAUUUAUUAAAAAAUGUAUGAUUGAUUGUCAACAAAUACAAAUUAAUAAAUUAAAAAAUACAAAAUCAAUUAUUCUUAAUCCAAUUGUUAUUAUUUAUGAUGAAAAAAUUCAUUUUCAUAAUAUUUCAUUGAUUGGCAAGUUUCAUUUUUCUAUUUAA